GAAGGACAGAUAACGAACCAGAGUUACCCAGAUGCAGAAUGAGUCUGGGACAGAAAUAAACAAACUAACCGAGAGUUUCAGACACACAUGGAAAGCAACUGGAAAUGAGACCAGGCCAAGUCACCAGGUGCCUUGAAGGUUAUUCAAGGGUGGAUCUGGCCUGUGAAGCCACAGCUAAGUUCAAAAGGCCAUUGAAGAGUUCAAAUCAGGCGCUGGUGUAAUUAGCUCUCCUUCUCAAAGCUCACCUGGCUGCAGAAGAGCUGGUUAUCAAUGAACCAGAGCAGAAGACCAGAACGGAAACCAUGACACCCACCCCACCCUACGUUUGGGUUUCCUCCAAAACCAUUUCCCUUCUGCAAGUGGAUGCAGUGGGAUGGCACUUCUCUCCAGGGCUGUGAUAUGCAACUCACCUGUCCAAUAUCCACCACUCCGUCCUUGGAGCAAAGGAAGAUGGGCAAGGUUACGGCAAAUGUAUUACAUCGGCUUUCUGAAGAUACUGAGUUCUUGCAUUUUAGUAGCCCAAGAGUUGAACAGCAUACAUUGGCAGUUGAUACUCAUCACCAAGAGGCAUCACCUGAGAAACUUCAUGUACCGCAAACAGUGGCAGCAUCUCACUCUCUACAUGUCCUUCUUUCUGAGUGGGUGUGCAGAUGUGGUCAGCCAGAACCUGCUGCCCAAGAGGUGUGUAGUUCUGGAGCAAGGCGCCCAAGCGUUGAGCAUGUAUCUGUUCUUGCCCCUGAUGGUGUCUCAUAUGCAGGACACAGAAGGAGUGGAGCUGCAGACUCACAUGCUGCUCAUCCAGGCCAUGUUCCUGCUGACCCUCGUGGGGACGAUAGAGCUGUGGGCUCCUAAUGUGCUGCUGAUCUGGAUGCUGAAGGCCUUUCUGUACGUUGUCACAGGCUCCUGGCUGAUGCAGAUAGGCUUCAUGCUGUACAAACCACUCUCUGGCUAUAAAUGGUUGGACGAUGACGAGAAUGACAUGGCGUUUGCCACCACUUUCUUCUGCUGGCAUGUGGCCUUUGGUGCCUUCUUGAUGAUCUCCGCCUACGGUUUCUCCAUUUUGUGGUUCCGUUACCUUGGUGCUGAUACCUGAAUCUGGACAUGCCCAAGUGGUUUCCUAUUGGCUGCAUGCUGCAAGGCCAUCUGGAUGUCAAGUCAUGAGAGGGGAGCUUGUCAAGAGGAUCGGAUGUCCUUCAGAGGUGCCCCAUCUUUAGGCAGCAGACUGCGGUGGGAUGGGCUUACCUUCUCUCCGCUCUGGCUUCUUUUCAUCUAAUUUGCUGAAGGGUGCAGAAGAAAGAUGAAUGAAUGAGAUCACACAGCUAUGACGUUCCCUCGCUUAGCCCCCUGCAAGCCUCUCCAAUCCUCCAGCCGCAGCACCUGCUUGGCCUGAACCUCUUUGUACCCCUCCCCCAUACCCUUCACGUCACUCCCAUGAGAACAUAAUGAAUUUAGUAAGUCCUGCCUUUGGAACUUUUGAUAACUGUUUUUUUUUUUUUAACUUUACUGUAUAGAAAUACUAGCUAGAAAUCACACUUAGCAUAUUGUAAUUCAGCUAUCAUAAUAACCAUCCCCUCAUCCUUGUCCUUGACUUCUGUGAUGCUUAUUCCAAGUCCAGGCUGUUUUCUUGGCUAUGUGAAGUUCCGAACUGCUCCUGGUUUGUUCCUCUGACCACUUUGUGAUUGCUCUGACUGAAAGUCAGACCCUUGUGAACUGCACCUUCCUCUAUAGGGUCUGAUAGAAUGCAGCGAGGCCCUAUACACGGGAGAAGGCCACAGGGGCUUCCCCAAGUAUGGUCAUGUUCUCCUCCUUAGCCUCUCAGCCCAUUGUCUGGACUCAUCUCAGUAAGUUUCCAAAUAGUAGACUUGGCCAGCUCCAGCCCUCUCUGGUUCCCAUGGAUAAUAAAGUCUACUGGCUUGCUUA